UUAGUUAUUGCUGUUGUCGGACUAUAAGUGAUUCAAUUGGGAAAUUAAGGGUUAGAUAAAGUUGACAGCGGGUCCUAAAACUGGAUUAGGGCUGCUAAAGAUAGACAACAAUGUAAGUAAGACGUUUGAGGAGGCCUAUGCCUUCCUAUGCCGAUAGGCAAUAAAUGAAAUGAGAGAUAUUCUGUAAAUUUUAAAAACUUAAAUUAACAGUCCUAAUAGUCCAGAAAAAGGGCUCAUUGAUUGUUUGAUUGAAACGAUUUAAGUACAUUGUGAACAAAUUGACUUUGGUAAUGUCGAUUAAAUCAUAAUGCUAUACGUUCAAAGAAGUAUCCGCAGCGAAUCUUGGAUGGUUUGUGUUAAUUAAUUUGCUAAGAUUAACUAUUGAAGCCAUUUGUAUGUUUCCGAGGAAGUUUAACUGACUACUCUUGUAGUCCCAUUAUACUUUAAGAGAUGAGUCUCCAUACUUUCUUCUGAUUUCUCGAGUCUUAGAAAUAGUUAAAAUUGAAAACUCUCUUAAAAACCGCCAAAGCGCGGGUUAAUUUUGCGUUUUUAUUGAAAUUGAAGUAAAGAGCUGUUUUUUUUACUUUUUUAAUUGGAAAUUUGACGGUAGUCUACAGAACGAUGCCUCCAAUGAACACUACUCUAACUCCAAAUUCGUAGGUUUACAGGAGGAGCGUUUAAACGAAAAAAGUUGAUAAAAUUUUUAUUAUUGCAGAUAUAUUUAUGGUUUUUUCUUGUGUGACUAGCUGAUUUACUCUUGCUUCGAACUCCAUCAAUAAUGAAUUCGUAAUACUUUUAAAAUAGUGAAGCGAUUUGCGUGAAAAACGAAAAUUUCAUAAUUUUGAGUUAGUGUUCAUUGGAGGCAUCGAGAAUGCAUCGAUGAAUUCAUUUCAAACGCUCGUCACCGUGAAAACUGUCAAGUAUUCGAAACUUCACCAAUAGUGAAUUGCUAUUUUAUAUAAAACGCGAAGUGAAACCGUAAUUCAAGUCAGGUGCUACCGCGAUUGCUCUAGACCACCUUAACCACUACACAAGAUUGAAGGUUACGAUUUAAGACUUGAUACGCUCCAGAUACGUUCAUAUGGACCUAUCUGAUCUACUUAGGCAGGAAUAGCACAGGUAGGUAGCCGUACUUAUCAAAAAUAGCAUUGGUCCUCGAAGUUUUGCGCCGGAUCCUCUCGGCGGGUCGCGUUUCUGAUUCAAUAGUAGAUGCAUUCGCGAAGCAGCCGUCGCGUCGUUGAGGUGUUUGGUCUCCUGCCGAGGCACUCGAGCUGCUGUUAGUAAAUCUCACCCCUCCCCGCUGAGCCCGCGCUCCUUCACCUGCCCUGGCGACGCUGGAGAGGCCUUCGGGCCACCAGUGUGCUUAGUCUUUAACGUUCUAGAUAGCGUAAAAGUUAACUCGAAUUUGUAUGCAGUUGGAACAGCGCCCCUAGCGGCAAACGGACGCAAACAUCGAACUCCAUACAAAGAGUUAACUUUUACGCUAUCGAAACCGUUAAAAACCCCUCACUAAGCACACAGUUUUCCUUCCAUUCAAAUAAAGUUGAGCAGUGCACCAGACAUAAUUAAAUAUUUGGCCACGUUUGAUACCAUUGGAGUGCAAGUACUCGAUUUUCAAUUUGAUGGUAAUUUCAAUUAUUGAAUAAAAAGUAAUCGUAAAAUUUUAUCAACAUUUUUUUAUUGCAUUGAAUGUAGGAAAAUUGAGAAAUGCUGUUUGCAUUGUUAGUUUGGUUUGAUUAUUUGGGCUUGGGAAGAGGGGAGUUAUGGCCAAACGGGGUAGUUCAUUAUGCGAUCAAUAAUAAAGACUAUGGUAAGUAGAAGAGAGGUAAUAUAUAUCGGUCCUUCUUCACGUAGUGUUGACGUCUCAUCGUAAAAACCUACGAGAUCCCUCAACGCAUUGCAAGAACUAGCGAAUUGAAUUCGCAGUCUUUGUUUCUUUUUCCCGUAUCUCCUCGGCUAUAACAGGUGCGCACUUCUUUUUAUUACCCAUGUCACGACCUAGUUUACAAAAUACUGUUACGCGCUGGGACUCGGGAUAAAUAAAGCUUUCACCGAAGUACAGAUUAAAACUAUUCAACACUUAGAGCACAUGGAACACUUUAAAAUUCGCAAUUCACUUCUUCCGCUUCGAGUAGAACCGCCUACUAACUGCCUUCGUGUCGAUACGACAACUCUACAAUUAUCGAGGUCAUUCCCGAUACGACGAGUCGUUCCAACUUCCAAUAUGUGUUUCCGCUAUUUGAUAAUAGAUGGCGUUACACUUUCGAGCGUUCUCGGUUUUGCUGGUUCUUUGAAUAUUUGUUUCUGUUAUUUGAUAACAGAUGGCGUGACUACCGGCGUAACAAUACGUUCAGUACGGUUGUCGGUCGUCGAAGGAAUUGUCACCCAUAUUGUGGAAGAGAAAUGCCUUACCGCACAAAAUCGCAUUGCAGUAAUUCGUGUCGCAGUUUUGUAUAUUGUGUGUAAUUCCACAAACAAUCGUCAACUAAAUUCCUAAUUUUUUUUCGAACAUUGCGAGACUCGCAUUUGCACUGGCAGAGAGUGUAGUUUUAUUAAGCCACAUUAACUUAAUGUCUCGCUUGUUGUACACCCACUAGUUGUUAGUAUUGCCAUCAAAAAAAGGACCGCUAAGAAAAACAAAAAACGAAUUUUAAACUUUAUUUCAGAUUUACAUUCACAAGAUAUUAUAAUAUCAACAUUAACGGAUAUCCAAAAAGAGAUAUGUGUUAAAUUCUUUAAUACUCCAUCGAAUUACAAUAUAUCUGACGGUAAAAUACUGUACAUCAACAACCAGGACAGACGGAAGACAUGUCAAAAUGAGAGAUAUGAUUACACGAAGAGUGUCGUGGUAAAAUGAACUUUCAUUAUAAUCCUCUUUUUUUUUUCUGGCUUUUGUUACUUAUAUUUAAUAACAACUUUGCCAACGUCAGAUGGUGGAGGUAUCAACAUAAUUGUACCAAAACAUUUGAGUAAAUGAAGGCAUGAAUGGAAUGUCAUUUGCAAAUCAUUUAAUACAGUUUAACCUCUGGUCCAGUACGAAGACUUUUUGCGAUGCCACUGGUAGUUUUCCAAUUACAGAGCAUAAUGCGACUCAGUGACGCACAAUGCCGAAUUAUGCUGAAGCUUAAUUGGAACGUGAAUUAGUUUUCAAAUGCAUCAGCAGAGUGCACUAAGUUAGCACAGUUUUAAUUAACAUUGAUUAUUUCUAAGAAACUACGACGAAACUAAAGCCUUACAAUUUUUUUCAACAUUAAAUAAUAUUACUAACGAUAAUAUAAACAAAAUUUCGAUCAAUGCCAACUUAAAGAAAAAACACUUGUCAAUUUUCUGUCACUGAGUCGGUAUCGAUUGCGAGUAUCACGCGAGAGCAGUACUUUUGAGAGUGCUCGAUUGUGCGAAGCGUUGCUGUAGUUGGAACAUUCAACGUUGAGCAUUAUGCCGCAUAAUGCGCUCUUGUGCUGUAAUUGGAAAACUACCACUGUUGCCAGUUUUUUUUUAAAUAGUCAAUUUAAUACUCACUAUGUGAAAAAAACGGAUCGGAAUGAGAUAAAGUUGAUUGAAAUUGUUGUGUUUUGUAAAAGCGGUUUUUCUUUUCUUAGAAACAUCCAGUUCGACAGUGAUUUGUAUUUUGUCAAUGAUAAUGAAGAACAUGCAGAUCGGUUACAAAUGUCUUAAUCGAAGGGAAAUUUCUAGAAUUGUGAUUGACAUGCUCAAAGCUAGCAUUGAGGGAACGAUGUUACCAAUUAACAGUUUCGACUUGAUGAAAAGAUUUCAAGAGAAGGACACCAAUCCGACCUCUACGAAGUUGCUAUCAUCAAAAGAUCGAAAUUACAUAAACGCUCAUUACCACCACGAGUGCAGUGCAUUAACGCAGCUUCCGGCGGUCGAAACGCGGCGUUUUUUCACGAACAUAGUAAUGAAUAAAGACAGCGAAAUGUAUUAUUCGAACAAAGUUUGGCCUCUCGGAAUUGUUAUGUACGGAGUCGAAAAGAAAUUGCGCAACACUCGCUACUAUUUAGCUAUAAAAUUCGCCAUGGUCAACAUUCAAAUAGCGACGUGCGUUAUAUUUCGUGAGAUCGACGAUAGAGAUGAAUUACUACCGAAGAACUUACUGUGGUUCUCCACUGAGGGUAAUGAUAUGCCCGCUUUAGGUUUUAUGGAGGGGAAUCAGACCAUUUCAUUGGAAUCGGUUGCAAAGGGUGCACCUGGCCAUACAGCCCACACUCUGAACGCGUUGUUAAGAGCUCUGGGCAUCCCAAUGAUGUCCAAUAGGCACGACAGAGACAAUUUCGUCACCGUACUAUGGAACCAUAUACAGAAAGGUAAAGAACAUUAUUUCGAGAAAAGUCCGCCAUCGGCAACGUUGACUGAUCAAGAUGGCGUCUAUACAGCGUAUUCGUUUGACAGCGCAACGCACGCUCCCGCCAAUUUCAUGUCCGAAGAUUGUUCAUUAUCGGCCAAGACUAUACUUCCUGUACAAGAUCAUCUAUGGCAAAGGACGCUCAUGAUGGGUCACCGCCAUGAUUUGGCUCCGUGUGACACAGCCAUAGUAAACAGCGUUUACAGAAACGAAUGUCAGAAGAGGUCGAUAUCAAGUAAUUAAAUAAUAAAUCAGUAUUUUUGUUACAAUAUAAAUACUUUUGACAAAAGUUUUUAAUUGAUCUACAUCAUUUAAGGAAUUAAACAAAUAAUGAAAAUUGGCCAUUUCUUUUUAAUAUAUUUUUUACAUUUUCAAAAUAAUAAAUUAACAUUUGAUUUAAUAAGCAGAACAAAUGCAAAUUUAAAUGAUUUCUUUAAGUUCUGUUUUAAAAAGUUAUUUAGCCGUGAUCAAUCAAUUGUCAAAACUGUCUCCUUUCAAAUUGUCAACAUUUUUAGUGCACAAAUGUGGGCAAAUAAUUAAGUCGCUGGACGUAACUUCUCCUCCUUCUCCUCCUCCUUCUUCUCCUCCUGGCUGAGCCUUUGCUCGCCCACUUGUCCUGGUGAAACUGGAAAGGUCUCAGGGCCACCAGUAAUCCUUCAACCAUAAAAAAAAGUAACUUCUCAGGAUCCUUCACAAAGUCCACUGAAAAGUCUCAGUAAAUAACCACAAUUUUAAUAAGAUUAUAUUUCAUCCCAUAACAUCUCGUCUCAUCUCAUUUCAUUUCAAUCCAUGUUUCAUAUGAAUCAACUUUAUUUCAAUUCAUUUCAUAUUAUGCUUUUCCAUAUAAAAAAAAAAUUAUAUAAAAAAGAAUAGUUUGUAUGGUAUGACAUCUUUGCCUUUUUAGCUAGAAAAAUAAAACUAUCACUAUUGUCAAAACUGUCUCCUUUCGAAUUGUCAUCAUUUUUACAAUCAAAUGCUUUUUGUUCUGUGAUUAAUGUUAUUUUGUUUAUGUUAAAUUGUUUUAGUUACUACUUAUUUUCCACUAAAUUAUUAUAAUUAGCACAAAACACAAAUUAUGAACAAGAAAUCAUCCGAAAAACGUAAAAAAUAUUGUAAAGUUUGCGACAAACUAUUAACCGGUUCGAAAUAUCAUAUCGAGUCGCACUUGUACCGACACGGUUUGAUACAGGCCCGCUUCAGAUGCACUAUUUGUGCGAAAGAAUAUUACAGGAAAGAUGUUUACACGCGUCACAUGAAGGUUCACGGCGGCGAGUUGCGGAAAUCGUUCACCUGCGACCACUGCGAACGAGUUUUUGUCGAUAAAAGAAAUUUAAUAUUACAUCUACGUGUGCACGACGAUCUAGAUAUAAAAUCGAUUUUGAAAUUCGAAUGCAAUGCCUGCGGGAUCGCUUACAACGAAAAACGCCUGCUUUUGUAUCAUGUCCGAAAAAAUCAUUACAACUUACAAAGCGAUGUAAAGUUUGACAUGAAUAAUGUUAAAUGCGACAGACCGUGGAUAGAGAGAGUGAUGGACACAGACACGUAUGUGGAAAUGAAAAAAAUACAAAACAACGUAUUGAGCAUAAAGAAGUGUGAACUUAGGGACGGCACGAAAAGUUAUGAGAGUAACGAAAAGAACUUGAAUGGGGGAUACAUGAAUUCUAUUUUUGCCGUUACAGAAACAUCUCAGUAUUCUAAGGCUGUCUGUGAUUAUUGCAAGAAAGAAAUGUUAAAGAAGAGCUUGAAGUCGCACAUACGUGAGAGGCAUUUGAAGAUACGAAGAUUCCAAUGCGACAGAUGCAAAAAAACAUUUAAUAGGCAUUAUCAAAUGGUGAAUCAUGUUUGUGGGAAAUUCAAAAGGAAAUCAAGAAAUUGAAUAGCUUUGUAAUGCAGAGUUCAAAACAACAUUCGGACAUAUAAGUAUAGAGAACACAAAGUUAUCUUCUAUUGUGUAUUGCUGAAAAUAUUGCCAGCAGUAACACCGGCACAAAGUGCUCUUAAAUAUUAUUUUUAUAUGAUAUAACUUACCUUGGCUACUCAAUUUAGAAGGUUUUUAAACCUGAAACUUAUGUGCCUUAAUUGGGUAUUACAAGAUCCCAGUCAUCACUUGUGAGUCAACUAUUUAGGGUAUUUCUUAAUAUUUUUAUAGCUUAGUUGAGACGAGCUCACAGAUCAAUUGGUAUUAAAAAGUUUCCAGAGUCCAUACUACGUUUACAACGUAAUUGCUGCCCACCCACUUUGAGACAAGAGUUCCAAGGCUCAGUUUUUAAUAGUAUUUGAUACUGACAGCCUACCCUCAAAUUAUAUUGUAAUGAUGCCAAUUGAACUAGUUACUAUUAGCUCCCCCUCCCAUUAUAAACACAUUGAACGCUUUACAAUCCACUAGUGCUCCUAGUGUACUAUAACCAUUUGGGCCAAGACAAAAUCAGGGAAUCUGUAAUUUUUAUUAAGUUGUGAUUUUUAUUCUAAAAUUUAUAAAAUAAUUUGCUUGGGAGAUAAAAGUUAGUGACUCUUCACGUCUAGUUUUUAAGAUAUUUUAUAACCUUGAAAACUACAAGUUUCUAGUGAAUUUGAAAGCCACGCCGUUCGAUUCAGGCUAAAGGGCCACGCGGCUCGCUUCCAUACACAUUUUGUUUUAUAGCAGCAAUCUGUGGCUUGUGGGAAGCGUUUACGUUGGAGCCCUGAUGCGGCUUAUGGGUGUCCCUUAUGGCCCGAAUGGUUCAGUAAGAUAAGGCUCACAGGUUUUCAAUUUAAUAGGCUUUAUAUUUACCAAAAUCUUUGCAUACAACAACAAACUACAAUAAUGAAUCACUUUUUUGAAGCACUAAACAAUGAAAUAGGCCUAAGUAAAAAGUUUAUUUAUAACUAGCUGUACACUUCCGCUUCACUGGGCAUUUAAAAUUAACAUUAUUAUAUCUCACCCCCACAAAGAUUCUCAUCAUUAACGCCCCCGCAACUGGUGUAGAGAGUCCAACACUCAUAUAAAUAGCCUAUCCAUUAAGUACAUGGAUUUUCUAUAUGGAUACCAAGUUUCAAAUCAAUCUGAUGCAUGGUUCAGUAGUUAUAACGGAACAUCCGUAAAAACCACUGUAGAUUUAUACUAUAUUAGUAUAGAUAGAUAGGAGCAUUUUCAGUGAUUUCUAAAACUAUUUUUGAACUUUUUUGCCUUUGGCUUAAGAAAUUAUUUUUCUCUUAAACAUAAUAUCAUGUUCCAACCUUUUACACGUAGUGCCUAAAUAUGUGAUAUAUUUUAUCGAAUUUUAUAAGAGCUUGUAAUAUUGUCUUCCAUAUUUAACUGUAGAUUUUAGAAUCACGACAGACUAGUUUGGUAAUUCAUUGAUCGUCAGAAAAACAGGGUGAACCUUUCUUGAAUAGAAAGGCAAAUGACCGAUUAACUACUUUUUAACCCUUUUAUUGUUGAGUUUUUUUCACAUAUUUUGCUGAAAUUUGCUAUAGGAUUUUUGAAAAAACAAGUACCUUACAGAAAACCUUAAAAAAAAAUCAAUAGUAAAUUCACAAUAAAAUAAUUUUAAAUGGUUAAUUAUUAAUACUAUUAAAAUAUUAAAAACGUUAUCCGUUCGUACAGGUCGAUACCUAAUACGUAUAAUCAAACUACGCAAAUAGUCGGUAUUCCGACAUCAAUAGCGAGUCGAUCUAUCGACGGUUUGCGCUCAAAGUUUUAAUAAUUCAAUCCUACGGUUCCAUCUGUACGUCCGCAAAAACUGUACAGUAUUAGCAAAGGUUUAUAUAACAUAAUGACAAUAAACAAACGCAAGAAUAAAGCGUUUAAAUUGAAUUUUAAUUCCAACUACACUUUUUAAUGUUGCAUGCACGAUGUGAUAGUUAAAGGCGAGCUCAUAAAUGAGUUUUGUAUGAAAUUUUACUGUGUUUGUAAUUUUAGUUCAGAAUUUUCAAAAUUAUUGUGAAAUUGCUCUUUACUGGAGGUAGAAAUUUUGUGUGAGCCCGCACCCUUCAAAAUGCAUUAUGCGGAAUUUACAUUACGAAAUUAGUGUCAUGCAUGUUGAGCUGUUUGAGUUUGUUUGAGUUUCACGAAAGUAGUAUCGAUAUAAUAUGCGAAAGUAAUUUCGUAAAAAAAUUAGUGUCGCGAAAUCUACAGUAUCGCAGUAACCAUGGCGCCAUCAGCAUCAAAGCUAUAUUCUGCUAUAUUUAAUGUAGCUAAAGAAAUGCUUAUUUAAAAACUUAAAGACCACCAGGAAAAAAAAGACGUUGGUAGAUUCGAGAAUGGUUAACAAGAAGGCAUUUAGAUGCAAUGAAGCUAGUUUCUGAAUUAGCAGAUGAAGAUCCUGAGAGUUAUAAAAACUAUUUUCGAACGAGUGAAGAUGAUUUUUUACUGUAGGGUGUUUCGGGUCCCAGGGACACUCUUGUCGCUAAUAUGAAAGAGCAGGCGCUUUCGCGACAUUAGUUCUCGUCGCGUCUACACUGAAAUUAGUUGCAUGACACUAAUUUCAUAAAAAAAUCGCGCAGGGCACGAAACUUAUUUUCAUUCAUAAAAUUAAUGCAUGCAUUACGAAAAUAUUAAAUUACACGUGAAACUGUUGAUAAAACUAAUAUUACAGAAUUAAUUUCAUGCCACUAAUUUCGUAAUGUAAAUUCGCCCUUACUGUUUCGCGGCAAAAAUAGGCAGGGUAAUAGUACCUACUUGUGCAAGAUGCCCCACCACUAGUAAAGUAGUACUUUGAGUCUGGUUUUCUUACACCCUAGGGUUUAAAUGUUACUUUGAUAGAUAAAUAGAUAAUGUUAUAAUCGAAAUAAAAAGACUUGCAUGUGGCUAUAGUUAUUGGUAAGAUAUUGUUUUUAUAAUAAAGUAUUCUAUGUGUUUAGUAUACAACAAGUGGCCUUAAAGAUGUUAAAACUUCUUAGCGGUUAAUUAAAAAUUAGCGUAUAGAGUUAUUUUUAAAAUUAAAUUAUUUUUAUACACCGAUCGUCAUAUGGCUAACUCGGUGAUUCUAAAGCACUGCAUUUUUUUUUUUUUUUUUUUUUCCUACCUAAGCUGAGAGCCUUGAGAGGCUAUGUCAGCGUAACCCUAACUUUUGUAGGUGAGCUCACGGGGCUCAAACCUGAUGCGACAAUUUUGUCAUUUUAUACUUUUCUAUACAGCAUAUAGGUAAGGCAAUGACUUUUAAAUUUAAUUUUGUGGGCCGUUAAAUUUUGAUAUCUGUAAAAGUGUGCCAUGACAAACAAUACUUUAGGAAUUUUCAUAAGACGUUGACUAUCGGGUAGGUCACUGGUGCCCUACGUGGCGCACUGAAAUAAUUAUGUCAACUUCUGUUACUAAGGCAUUUAAGGCUUGCCUAACUUUGCCUUCUUUUGAUCGUUAAUAUUUUGUUUUACUCUUUUACAAAUAGAUUCAUUCUCAGUGUCAUUCGGAUUCGUUUUUCCUAGUCUACUAGAUAUUCCGGCGCCUUAUUAAAAAUAUCGAAGAGAGAAAUCGAUAUAAUCACUUCAGUGCGCCACGCAGGGCACCGGUGACCUACAUGGCGUGAUAAUAUUUUAGAGAAAUCACUGGGUCAACCUCAAACGUUAAACUUAAUUGUAUAAUCUAUGGGGCCAACUACAUACUGUAUCUUUAUUUCAAUAAACUUUUUUUAAUGUUGA